AAUUUAACUAUUUUUUAACCAAAGUAAAAAAUCAUUACAUCAAAAGAACGGACAAUAUUGAUCCUUUGAAUAAUUAGGAAAUUAUUAGACUGACCCCCGAUCUUGCCAUGACGUACUACAAGUUGGAUGCUUAAAUCAAAACAAACCAUCAAUUAGGACCUUUGAGUGUUCUCAUCUAAAUAAUAUCAAUAAAUUAUCGCAAAAUGAAGAAAGUUAUUUAUCCUGGUAAAGGUGAUUUACCAGAAUUUCAUCCGGAGUCAAAGGCUAUCUUUCAUUUUCAAACCAUCAAGAUUGUUAAUGGCGAGGAAAAGAUUAUUGAUGAUAGUCGAAAAUUGGGCAAGCCAAUGGAAUUACUGAUUGGUAAAAAAUUUAAACUAGAAAUUUGGGAAACUCUCAUCAAAACAAUGAGGAUUGGUGAAGUUGCUCGUUUCCAUUGCAAAGCAGCUACAGUGUUAAAUUAUCCUUUUGUUUCCAAGCAAUUUCGUAGAUUUGCCAAUAAUGGAGCCAAAGAUGAACAUGGUGAUAAUGAGGAAGCUCAUACCCAUGAAUCGCAUUGUUGUGGAAUGGCUCUUCAAAAGUCAUGUGGUUUCAGUGAUUUGGAUGAGCUGAUUAAAUCACCAAGUGAUUUGUAUUUUGUCAUUGAACUUUUAGAGGUUAUUUCUCAUGAUAGCUAUGAGAAGGAGAUUUGGCAAAUGACAAGUGAAGAACAAUUAAGACAGACAGGUGAUUUAAAGGAAAAAGGGAAUCAAGCCUUUCGCCAAAAUGAUUAUUCUACUGCCUGUCAAUUGUAUGAGAAAGCUUUAGCCAUUCUAGAGCAGCUUAUAUUAAAAGAGAAACCCGGAGAUGAGGAAUGGAUAGCUUUAGAUGAAAUGAGAAUACCAUUCUAUUCCAAUUUGGCCCAAUGUCGACUCAAUCUGACUGAUUAUUAUGCCGCUAGAAGAGCUUGUGAUGAAGUGAUUAAAAGACAAGACAAAAAUGUUAAAGCUUGGUUUCGACGAGGCAAGGCCAACCUUGGUAUUGGAGAAUAUGAUUUAGCGGUCGCUGAUUUUGAAAAAGUCGUUUCUUUGGACCCUAAUUUACAACAAACAGUGGCCAAGUAUCUGGCGCAAGUGGAAAGAGAAAGAAAAUUGUCUAUCGAGAAAGAAAAAAGUAUUUUCGCGUCAAAGCUUUUCAGUUGAAUGACAAUCGAGGACAAUUUAGACGAAAUAACUAUAAUCAUGUUCAUUGUUAACUAAUGUCAUCAAUUUUAUUAUCAAUUUGUCAUUUAAUUAUGAUCUAGUCACAAGUUUUAACCAAGUUAUAGUUUUUCUCAUCAAUCUCUUUUAUUAAUAUUUGCGUGUAUUUUUUUGUAUUAAUUGUAAUUGUUAUUUAUUUUGUACAAUAUAUUUGCAUUUUAUUCAACCAGAUUAAAAGACGAUGUUACUUUUA